AUGGCGUCUUUAGCUCCCACUCUGUCCUCCACAAUUUCCCGCCUAACCCAUCUUCACAAACCCUCGCUUCAGUCUGCAAUCACAACUCUAAAAAAUUUCCAAUUUAAGUAUAAAUUAAGCAAGCCCACACGGCCUUUUCUCAACUCCUCACCCAGUCCUCUUUCUGCCCAUUUUUCUUCUGCUCAAAUGAAAAGCACUAUAGGCUCAGAUGAUGAUCUUGUUGUUCUGGGUAUUGAAACUAGUUGUGAUGACACCGCUGCAGCCGUAGUCCGAAGCAAUGGUGAAAUUCUUAGUCAAGUUGUUUCUUCUCAGGCCGAUCUUCUGGUCCAAUAUGGAGGAGUUGCUCCAAAAAUGGCUGAAGAAGCUCAUUCAAAAGUGAUUGAUCAGGUAGUGCAAGAAGCUCUUGAUAAAGCUAACCUAUCUGAAAGCGAUCUUUCUGCAGUUGCUGUCACUAUUGGUCCUGGCUUGAGCCUUUGUUUACGUGUUGGUGUGAAAAAAGCUCGGAAGCUUGCUGGUACUUAUGCUUUACCCAUUGUUGGUGUCCAUCACAUGGAAGCCCAUGCUUUAGUGGCCAGGUUAGUGCAGCGAGAGUUGCAGUUUCCGUUUUUGGUUUUGCUUAUUUCAGGAGGCCACAAUCUUCUGAUUCUUGCACGCGAUCUUGGCAAUUAUGUACAACUUGGGACCACAAUAGAUGAUGCAAUUGGUGAGGCUUAUGACAAGACAGCAAAGUGGCUUGGUCUUGAUUUGAGGAAGAGUGGGGGCCCAGCUGUAGAGGAGCUAGCUCGAGAAGGUGAUGCAGACUCCAUCAAAUUUAAGGUCCCCAUGAAGCAACAUAAAGACUGCAACUUUUCAUAUGCAGGCCUGAAGACUCAAGUCAGGUUGGCAGUUGAAUCUGGAAGUAUCAAUCCUGGAAUCCCAGUUUCUUCAGCUACUAGUGAAGACAGAAAGGCAAGGGCUAAUAUUGCUGCCUCUUUCCAGCGAGUUGCAGUAUUGCAUUUAGAGGAAAAGUGUGAAAGGGCAAUUGAGUGGGCGUCAAAGAUUGAGCCUUCAAUAAAACAUUUGGUUGUUUCUGGAGGUGUUGCAUCUAACCAGUUUGUCAGGGCUCGGCUUAAUCAAAUUGUGGAGAAAAAUUGCCUGCAACUUGUUUGCCCUCCCCCCAAGCUUUGUACUGACAAUGGCGUAAUGGUUGCUUGGACUGGCAUUGAGCAUUUCCGCAUGGGAAGAUUUGAUCCUCCACCACCCUCCGAUGAACCUGAAGAUGCUGUGCUUGAUUUGCGGCCAAGGUGGCCACUGGGCGAGGAAUACGCAGAAGGAAGAAGUGAUGCCCGCUCAAUCAGAAGGGCAAGAAUUCAUCCAUCUCUUACCUCUCUCAUUCAAGCAUCAAUGCUGCAGCAGUCGUAG